AUGACCCAUGCGAUUGAGUGCGGCCAAUGGGGUGCCGCCAAGGAGGCAGAGAGAGUCAAAAUGGUUUCUUGCACGGGGCCCUGCCAUAAGAAGCUGCCAUUCUGUUCGCACAUGUGUGUGGAAAUGUGCCAUCCCGGCCCCUGCCCCAAGCCAACGCAGUGCCGGAAGAAGAGGGGAGCACGCAGGAGGAGAAGGAAGACGGCAGCAGAUGACGACGACGAUUCCUCUUCCUCUCUAUUUGGGUUCAUCCCUCCCGCUGUGCGGCGGUGGGCUCUCAUCAUCACUCUUCUUUUCUUCCUCUCCCUGCUGCUGCUUGCUGCUGGGGUGGGCCUCAAGGCGCUGAAUGAUUGGAUGAACGAGCGGGACCGCCUUCGCCCUAGGAAGUCGUUCCGUUACUAA